AUGGCGUCGGCAUCGAAGUCUUCCAAUUUGUCGACCCACCGCCCAAGCCGCGGCACAGAGAGCUUUGACUAUGCUACUGUGGGCGUAUUCCACAUCUGCGUGACGGAUCCGGACCCAGAAGCAUUAGUGAAGAAGGCGGUGGAGGCGGGAGGGAAGCAGUUGGGUGGGUACAUGGACUAUAGCAGGUAUGGCCACGAGGGUCACAAGGGCGUGUACAUGCAGGAUCCGUGGGGCAAUGUGGUGGAAUGUAUGUCGUUGAGUCUGGACCGGGUGGCGACGGCAGGCAGGCACCUGAGUUGGUAUAUUGAGAAGUUGGAAGCGGAGAAGUGUGCCGCGAAGGGCAAGGAGGCCAAAGUGUAG